AAUAGGGUGACAGUGCUGUAUACAUGGACGAUCUUUACCUAUUGCUAAUAUCUGCUACAGUGAAUACGAUCGCGAAUAGCUAGCUACGCUGCUCUCCCCAGUGAACAUGCUAAUAGAAGAAUGGCUGUGCUGUGUGUAGCUAUCAUCUCUAAACAGAAUGUUCCCCUCUACUUGCGUACAGUAACACCAGCUAAUGAGACUGAUCUCCAUUUCCAGUAUCUCGUACACGCUUCCAUUGAUGUUGUGGAAGAGAAAAUUUCUGCUCUCACGUCAUCCAAGAGCUCCAACGACCCUCGGGAACAUUACCUCGGCCUUCUCUACCCAUCAGAGCAAUAUAAAAUCUAUGGUUAUGCCACCAACACACGUGUCAAGCUCAUCAUAGUCACUGAGAACACUACAAGUCAGUCCAGAGACAUACAGAUCAAAGCACUGUUCAAGAGUCUCCACGUGGCCUACACUGACAUGCUCUCUAACCCCUUCUACACACCAGGCACUAAGAUCAACUCAAAGGUAUUUGACAGAGUUGUCAGUGGACUGUUUCAAACUAGCAAAACUCCCUAGCAAGUAUUAUUAAUUGUUUGUGUACAUUUAAUAUUAAUGUUGUCAUUAUUGUGUUUUUAAUAAUAAAAAUAAUGUUAUUGCUUAUUGCAG